UUUAGCCGCAAAACAUAGGUCUUUUCAUCAAAGAUCUUCAUUAAAACUUGGAAUAUACAGUAAAAAUGGCACAACUUUCAGCCUGUGGUCGAUUAUUACCGUUCCUCAAGCACACUAAUUUAAGCAUCCUGCUGCGGCAAUCGGUUAAUUUCUCACAAACCGCUAGCCUCCGAAGGCAGGAAGUUCCGAAGGAAGAGGUAAACAACGAACCGAUCAAAUACUUCGGCAGCCAGGCAUCCCGAUGGACGGCACAGCGAAGCCGCAGUGGCCCCAAAGGUCAGGACGUCCCGUGGUUCCAGCCGUACGUGGUAAACUUCAGUGUUGCGAUUUUCCUCAUCUACUUCUGUAUUUUACGCGAGGAAAACGACAUCGACGAAGGAUUGGGACGAUCUCUUUUCGAGCAUGUGCCGGGUUUGGAAGAGCAGCAAUUAAUUAUAAGCUACCAUUACAACAAAGAAAAUGGUCUAUCGACAGCGGACAUCGAAAGGCGAAUGCAAGAGCUUGGAAUGAAUUUCGAAGCCGCCAAUUGAAAAGAAUAUUUAAAAUUGUAUAUUAAAUGCAUAGAUCCUAUAAUGAUGAAAUGGAUACAUCAACUGCGAUAAAAUAAAAUAGUGAACCUAACACAGUUGAUAGAAUUA